AUGGAGUGCGUUCGGGACAUCCAAGAUUUUUCAACCAGAUUUUUCCUUCAACAACUGUGCGCUCUUAUUACUUCUCCAAAUAUUUCCACAGGUGGUACAAUUUCAAACCUCUACGCUCUACUUGUCGCCAGAUUUGCUUUCGAACCUCGCGGCAAGAAAGUUGGUCUCAAGGAGGUGCCGAAGAUGUGUUGCUUUACUAGUGAAAGCGUAAGUAAAGCCAAACACAAAUCAAUGCAAAGAAAAAUUAUACUGAUACUCAGAGUCACUUUUCUAUCAAAAGCGCAGCCGCAGUCUGUGGGAUUGGCACCGAUAAUUGCUUCCACAUUCCUAUAG